GGCCAAGGUUUGGGAGGAGAUAGGCCUUCUUCUUCCUUCAGUUCAUCAGGAAGAGAGAAACAAGUCUCCUUAGUCAUCUCUCUCCCUCUCCCUCUCCCUCUCAACCCCCUAGCGGAAUGGACGGCGAUGAUCUCUCCUUCCUCGAAAAGUGUCUCCUACAAAGUGAAGCUUUACAUAAGUACAUAUUGGAGACCAACGUCUUGCCAAGAGAACAUGAACUUCUUAAGAAACUGAGAGAAGAAACCAAGGCCAGAAUUCCCAGAAGGGCUUUAAUGAACGUCCCCCCUGAAGAAGGCCAGCUCUUAUCUAUACUCCUCAAGGCAAUGAACGCCAAGAGAACCAUCGAAGUUGGUGUCUUCACUGGCUACUCUCUUCUUGCCACAGCUCUUGCCUUGCCCAAGGAUGCAAAGAUAACGGCGAUUGACAUCUCGAGGGAGUGCUACGAAGUCGGUCUUCCAUUCAUCAAGGAAGCAGGAGUUGAGGACAAGAUCAAUUUCAUUGAGUCGGAUGCGGUUCCGGCGCUUGAUAAAUUAGUUGAAGAAGUUAGCGAGGACGAGCUGUUCGACUUCGCCUUUGUUGAUGCUGAGAAAUCAAGGUAUUGGGAUUAUCAUGAGCGGAUAUUAAAGCUGGUGAGGGUUAAUGGACUCAUCUGCUAUGACAACACGCUUUGGCUUGGAACGGUUGCGCAUCCUCCUCAACAAGAUGUUCCUGCUUUCGUCAAUUAUUUGAGGGAGGUUGUGCUCAAAUUCAACGAUAAGCUCGCCGCCGACACGAGGGUCGAGCUGUCCCAGGUUUGCAUCGGCGAUGGGCUGACGAUCUGCCGCCGCAUCGCCUGAACUGGAAGUGGAUUGGGAUGCAGUUAUUGAAGGAGCUGUUGGUCUUGUUUCUCUUACUCUAUUGCAUGUUUGGUAAUUUGCUUUAUGUAUUAUGUUCUGUUCUGCACUAUGUUUGGCGUGUUGCUCACCUUGAAGUUCUGUUUGCCAAUUAGAAACAUAUAAUAAGCAUUUGUGAUGGUUAAUCUUUU